CCCCCGCCCAAUGCGGACGGACGAUUCGAGCGAGCCGAGGACGCCGGAGAAGCCGUCGGCCGCGGCGCCGCUCGAUCCGCUCCCGCCGCUGCCGCCGAAUCCGGCCGGGAGGAAUCAGCAGCAGAAGCAGAAGCCGAAGCCGGGAGGUGCCGUGCAACUCCACCGCCGCCACCACCAGCACACGGCCUCGGCGCCGCCGUUCGACGGUGCCACGAGGGGGAAAACGGCCUCUGCAGCGGAGGCGGAGCGGAGUGUGAAUCUCUUGCAGGUCUUCACGGAUCUCGACGAGCACUUCCUCAAGGCGUCCGAGAGCACUCACGAGGUUUCAAAAAAGUUGGAGGCGACUCGGAUGCACUAUCACUCUAAUUUUGUCGACGGUAGAGGGCACAUUGAUCACUCCGCAAGAGUAAUGAAAGUCAUUACGUGGAAUAGGUCAUUUAAAGGCAUGUCUAAUGCUGAUGAUGGGAAGGAUGACUUUGAUAAUGAUGAAGGAGAAACUCAUGCGACGGUAUUAGAUAAGAUGUUAGCUUGGGAGAAAAAGUUAUAUGAGGAAGUAAAGACAGGUGAGCUUAUGAAAAUUGAGUAUCAAAGGAAGGUUGCUUUAUUGAACAAACAAAAAAAACGGGGUGCGCCUACUGAGACACUGGAAAGAACUAAAGCAGCCGUCAGUCAUUUGCAUACGAGAUACAUAGUUGAUAUGCAAUCGAUGGAUUCAACAGUGUCAGAAAUUCAACAUCUGCGCGAUAAUCAGCUAUACCCAAGACUAGUUGACCUUGUUGAUGAGAUGGACAAAAUGUGGGAAAUGAUGUUCUUGCAUCAUGAAAGUCAGCUGAAGAUUGUGCUAGACCUCAAGGCCCUCGACAUCUCAGACUCUCCAAUGGAAAUGAGCGAACAACACCACAAACGUACGAUCGAACUACACGACAUCGUAAAAGAGUGGCAUUCACAGUUCCAUAAGCUCAUCACUCACCAAAAGGAGUACAUACAAGCCCUUAACAACUGGCUGAAACUGAACCUUAUACCCAUUGAAAGCAGCUUAAAAGAGAAGGUAUCGUCACCUCCGAGAAUGCAACGCCCCCCUAUUCAAGCCCUCCUGCAUGCAUGGAACGACCACCUCGAGAAGCUUCCAGAAGAGCUUGCGAAAAGCGCUCUUCUCAGCUUUGCAGCGGUGAUGGACACUAUACUGAAGCUCCAACAGGAUGAGAUGAAGCAGAAGGAAAAGUGCGAAGAAAUGGGCAAGGAAUUUCAGAAGAAAUCUCGAGCUUUCGAGGACUGGUAUUAUAAGUAUUCGCAUAGGAGGGCAGCGUCAGGUGAAGAAGCCGAGGGAGACGGCGCAACUGAGGGAACGAAUCCAAAAGACCCUGUAUCAGAGAGGAAAUUCUUGGUGGAGUCUCUGAAGAGUCGACUUGACGAUGAAGUUGAGGCGUAUAAUAAGCUGUGCAAACAAGUUAGAGAGAAGUCACUGACGACACUCAAGACGCACUUGCCGGAACUCUUUCGUGCACUGUCCGACUUUGCCCGAUCUUGCGCUGACAUGUAUUCGAAGCUGAAGUUGGUCUCUCAGGCCCAGAAUCCAGCGGCCAACUAGCUGAAGCAUCAACUGCUAGAAGGAAUCCAGCUUGUGGUGAAACCUUUCCUCUUUUUCUUUUUUUUCUUUGGUUUUGUUUCCUUUUUUUUCUUGCCUUAUGUGAAAUAUUGGAAAAGGAGGUGGCUGUUUAAUGCUAGAUAUAUACUAAGUAUCUUAAUAUCAGAUACUUCUUUUUGUACCUUUAUCUGGUUAUUUAUUUUGUAGCAAUAGUUUAUUUGCAGUGA